AAUUCUACAUAACACUGAUGUUUGCUCACGUUUAACUGCACCCAGUAACAAUGCUGCUUGCAAAUAGACUUUCUCCUAGCUCACAUUUGGUUACAAACCAGCUGGACGACCGACACAUUCGAUACAAUUAUCGCAAUUCUCAUGCCUGGUGCACUUUCGUUUCAUUGCGGCAUGCGAGCGUAGGGAGCCGACAAGUUCGAUACGGCCUAGGUGUGCCUCCUCCUCCUGUUACCGUCACUAGGGUCGCCGCGAAGCGGGGUGGGGAUGUCGAGGCGGAGGACGAUGAUGAGGGCGACGAAGAAGCAUCCGUUGCUGGAAAGCCGUACCGCGUGGAGCGGUUGUUGGCGAAUCUUGGGUACGGCAAGCGGCGGGAAUGCCAGCAGCUGGUCAAGAAGGGACGCGUGACGAGGCAAGACGGAUCUAAACUCAAGGUGGGCGAAAAGGUCAUGUGGGGCGAAGUGGUGCUCGAGGGUGAGCAGUUGGACCCACCAUCCCCGCUGCUGCUGGCGCUGCACAAGCCCACCGGCUACGUGGUCACGGCACCGGAUGACGAAAAAAUCACGGAUCCAGUCGUGUACGACCUCUUGCCGUACAGGUUUGGUCGGCGGCGUCCCUUCCUGUCUUGCGUGGGUCGGCUAGACAAGGAGACCUCGGGACUGCUGCUGCUGACGGACGAUGGCACCUUGCUGCACCGCAUCAAUUCGCCCAAGCGGGGCAUCUGGAAGGUGUACGAAGCGACGCUAGCAGACCCCAUGACGCCGAAGCAGGCGGAGGCGGCAGCACGCAAGUUUGCAAGCGGUUCCAUCGUUCUCGAGGGUGACCACGCCCCGCUGCUGCCCGCCAAGCUGGAUAUGACGGGCGAGCGGUCCGCUCGGGUGGCCAUUUGCGAGGGGCGGUAUCACCAGGUUCGGCGCAUGUUUACGGCGGUUGGCAACGCCGUGGUGUCGCUGCGGCGAGUCAGUGUGGGCGGACUGACCCUUGGGUCGCUCCCCGAGGGCGAGUGGCGGCAGCUCAGCCCCCAGGACCUGGAGCAAGUGUUCGCAGGGCCCAGCAGCGAAGAGGUCAUGGCGGGUACGGCAGGUGCAGAUGAUGGAGGCUCCGAAACCCCAUCCGGAGAUUUGGAUGCGGAUGCAAAGGAAAGCGGUAGCGGGAGGAGUGGCAGCAGCGCAGGAGCGUCUGAGCGGUACUCAGCGUCUUCGGAACGAGAUGGGGGAGCCACCGCCAGCAGCAGCAGCAGUGACAGCGGCGUCAGGCUGACAAAGAAAGAGAAGAAGAAAGGCAGGAAGAAGAAGGGUGCGGAGCUGGGGAGCAGGGAUACUCGGCGUCCAGAUGAGGAAGAAGAAGAGCAGGAGGACGAAGCCGCUGACGUCGAGCUACUGGCGCUGGAAGAAGAGGACGAGGAGGGUCUCGAUGCCGCGCUUGACGAGUCUGCCGGAUACGACGACACGGAAGGACGGGGCCGAGGAGGCCGAAACGUACGGCGGCGGCCCCGGCGGCCUCCUGCCGUACGGCAAGGUGUCGUACUGGACAAUAAGUACGACAGAGAUGGGGGUAGCAGUAGCAGUAGUAGCAGCAGCAGCCUAGGCGGUUUGCUGCAAGUUGAUGACAUGGGGGCGGGG